CCUCCCCAAAAUACUAAUAGAAAAAUAUGGCAUCGGAAAUUCUACGACGACUUUGAACGGCCAUGCCAUCUAUAAAUAACCUCUUCUCAUUGGCAUAAAAACAAACACCUUAAACCCACCGUCCUUCUCUUUUCUUCAUUCAAUCUUUGAUCUUCAUCAUCAUCAAUGGCGGACCAACUCAUUCUCUUGGGCACCUGGAUUAGCCCUUACUCAACGAGGGUGAAAAUUGCCUUGGCUGAGAAAGGGGUAGAUUAUGAAUUCAGGGAAGAGGACCUCACCAACAAGAGUCCACUGCUCUUGAAGACGAACCCUAUCAACAAGCAAAUCCCAGUGUUGAUCCACAACGGCAAACCGGUGUGCGAAUCACUCAUCAUUGUUCAGUACAUUGAUCAAGUCUGGAAUCACAAAUCUCCAUUGUUGCCUUCUGAUCCUCACCAGCUAGCUCAAGCCAGGUUCUGGGCUGAUUAUGUUGACAAGAAGGUGUAUAGUGCUGCGAGGCAGCUAAUGUUUUCCACAGGUGAAACCCAAGAAACGGCGAAGAAUGACUUCAUAGGGUGCUUAAAGGUGUUGGAAGGAGAACUUGGAGACAAGCCUUACUUCGGAGGAGAGACCUUUGGCAUUGUGGAUGUGGCAUUGAUUCCAUCCUAUAGCUUUUUCUUUGCAUACGAGCAAUUUGGCAACUUCAGCAUUGUGGCAGAGUGCCCUGCACUUGUUGAUUGGGUUAAUCGGUGUAUGGAAAAGGAGAGCGUGUCAAAGCAUCUUCCUGACCAGCACAAGGUCUAUGACUACAUCUCGGAGCGCAAAAAGAAGCUUCAGUCUAAGUAAAAUCUCUACAAGAAUGUUUGAUUGGAGUGUUAUAUGACAUACAGUUUCAUAGUUCUCUUUUGGAAUUCCCUUUUGUUUUCGUCUUUUUAUUUUUACCUUUCAAUCUCUAGAUGUUGUGUUUGUUUAUGGGGAAUGUUUUGUUUUUGUUAUAAUUGAAAUAAAGAAGAUAACUUUUUUUUUUU